ACUCUCUCUGAACUACUGUCCACUAUCCACUGUUAUCCACACUCUCUACUACUAUCUACCACAAUCUACUUGAUCCGGAGUAACAAUUUCCCGGCACCAUGCGCAUGACAGCUUUGGUGAGCUUGGCAUUUUCGGCCUCGAUAGGCCUCAUGUUCCUCAUCUUGGCCUGUGCUCUGCCACAGUACAAUAACUGGUGGCCAUUCUUUGUGCUGGUGUUCUAUGUCCUUGCUCCCAUCCCAACAAUUAUGGCUCGGAGAAUGUCGGAGGACUCUGGUGGCAGCAAUCCGUGUAAAGAACUGGCAUAUUUCAUAACGGCAGGCUUGGUCGUGUCUGCCUUUGGUCUUCCGAUUGUGCUAGCCAGAGCACCAGUUGAACAGCCAGUGAUCCAUUGGGGUGCUUGUGCUCUGGUUCUCUCAGGGAACAUCGUCACUUUCCUGACCAUCUGGGGCUUCUUUGUGAUGGCUGACAGUGACGAUGUGGAGUACAGCAUGUGGUGAGGUGCGAGUGUGAGCCGAAUGAGUGGAAGAAGAAGGUGCCGUGGACAGAGGUCGUUUGUUGCUCUCUCCCAUUAUCCCAAGGGAUGGAACUCUGCUUGUAAUCUCACUGGGACCUCAGUUCAUAAUGGCUGUAGAAAAUUUGCAAUUUAUAUCUACCAUUAGUUAAUUAGGGCUCCAAGGGAAGUUGUCUUAUCAAAAGAAUAUUUAUUGUGGGUCACAAGCACUUGCAGUCUGUCUGUCUGUCUGUCUGUCUGUCUGUCUGUCAGUUUUAUGAUCUUUUGAGAUGACUUAAUAUGGAUGCAAUAUGCUAGGGUUAAGCAUUGGUUUAAGUUGAUUUAUGUGAUCAGUCUGUCAUAUAUCAAAUUUUAAUGAAUUAUGCUUGUCAGUGUAGUUUUUUCCUCUUGGAUAAUUAUGUUGUGGGCUAACAGCUAACAGUCUUUCUCUGCCUUAUUCUCAUUCUUGUACACAGUGACAAUCAUGUGAGCAUUAUUGUUAUUAGGAGUAGUAGUAUUAAUGUCAUCAUUUAUUUGUCACUCAUUUAUUUGAUUUUAUAAUAAAAAUAUUUUUUUCUUUCUUUCAUUUUGUGAGGAUGGCAUAGAUGUCUCUUUUCUCUUUUAGAUAUUUUGAUGAGGUCAAGACAACCUUAAAUUUGUAUAUGGUAUUGUCUGAGAGAUAUUCUGUAAAAGGGUAUCUUAUAGAAACUAUCUAAGAGUUUCUAUUGAUAUUGUGUUAUUUAAUAUAUAUAUACACAGUAUUGCAGGUUACGUUUUUUAUUAUUUUUAUUACAUAGAAAUGUGAUGUGUACUAUUAAUGAUUGAUAAAGUAGAGAAGUUGUAGAAAUGCUCUGUUCAUUCUAAGAAGGGGACAAAGUAAAAUACUGUUGCCUUGUAUUUUACGAAUAAAUAGUGUGAUGUUAUUUUAUAAUUAUUUAUUGAUACUUAGAUGUUCCUUUUUUUUAAAUACACCCUGUAAUUUACCCCUCAUUCAAUAUGCUGUAUUUUUCCUACAUAAAUACUAGAUAGGUAUAAUUUAGGGAGGGUUGGGAUAACAUGUAAAUAGAAAAUAAUAUUUGAUAGCUGUGUAAAUAUCAAGGGAGAAAUAUUUUUUAUGGUUUAUAAGUCUGAAAGAUUAACUAGGGGCUGGCUGAACAGAAAUGCACUUGCUGCUUGUCAAAAAAUGAAAA